GGCAAGGGCGGCCCCGGGAUCACAUGGGCGGAGGCAGGUCCCGCAGCCCCGGGCGGGCGCUCCCCAGAGCCGCGCAGACGGCGGCAGCGGCGCUGUGUCUCCUGGCCCCUGCCUCCGUCCUGGUCUGGCCUCCCGGGCCGCCCAGCCCCACAGGUGAGCCGCAGCCAGGUCUCAGGUAUGGCGCUAACUGUGGAUGUGGUGGGACCAGCACCCUGGGGCUUCCGCAUUUCAGGAGGCCGGGAUUUCCACAUGCCCAUUGUGGUGACCAAGGUAACUGAACACAGCAAGGCCCAGGCUGCUGACCUCCGGCCUGGUGAUGUCAUUGUGGCCAUCAAUGGGGAGAAGGCAGACAGCAUGCUUCACGCCGAGGCCCAGAGCAAGAUCCGCCAGAGCCCCUCGCCCCUGCGGCUGCAGCUGGAUCGGUCUCAGGUUGCCUCUACCAGGCAGGCCAAUGGGGAUGGCUCCUUGGAAGUACUGGCCUCUCGCUUCCAGGGCUCCGUGAGGACACAGACCGGCAGCCAGUCCUCCUUGAAGUCCGCCUGCUCCAGCCCUGCCUCCCUCAGCCCCCGGGCAGGCAGCCCUUUCUCCUCGCAGUCCCCCACCAGCCCGCACACCCUGGCAGCGGAGGCCGUGGGCAGCCGCAGCUUCCAGAGUUUGGCCGCAGAGCGCCCGUCCUUCGGGGGCCGCCUGUCCUACGGGGGCCGCCAGGCUGGCCAGGGCCGCGUUGGCGACUCCGCGGUGCUGGUGCUGCCUCCUUCCCCGGGACUCCGUUCCUCCAGUCCCAGGUUCAGCUCGGACUCCGCAGGGGCAAGCCACCUCCUGGAGGAGGACUCCGAAGUUUUCAAGAUGCUUCAGGAGAACCGGGAGUCGCGCUCGGCGCCCCGGCAAUCCAGCUCCUUUCGGCUCCUGCAGGAAGCCCUGGAGGCUGAGGAGAGAGGUGGCACACCUGCCUCCCUGCCCAGCUCGCUGAGUCCCCAGUCCUCCCUGCCCGCGUCCCGGGCCCUGACCACUCCACCCAAGCUCCACACGUGCGAGAAGUGCAGCACCACUAUCGCGAACCAGGCGGUGCGAAUCCAGGAGGGGCGGUACCGCCACCCCGGCUGCUACAGCUGCGCAGACUGCGGCUUGAACCUGAAGAUGCGCGGGCAUUUCUGGGUGGGUGACGAGCUGUUCUGUGAGAAGCAUGCGCGCCAGCGCUACUCCAUGUCCUCCCCGGCCCCGAGCCUCGGCUCCCAGGCCUGAGUCAGCUGCUGCCGCUCAGCCCCACGGAAGGGGUGCGAUGGUGGA